AUGGGGUACAAGAUCACCAACAUUUAUGUCAUCACCACGGUGGCCGUCAUCGGUGGUGCGCUCUUUGGUUUUGACAUUGCUUCCAUGUCUGCCAUUCUUGGCACUCAGCAGUACAAAUGCUUUUUCAAUCAAACCGGAAUCAACGAGAAGGGAGAAUGCGGUGGUCCUACCUCCGCCAACCAAGGUGGUAUCUCUGCAGCCAUGCCUGGUGGCUCCUGGGUCGGCGCGCUUUUGUCGGGCUUCGUGACUGAUUGGAUGGGUCGCCGUGGCGCGAUCCAGUCAGGAUCGGUGAUCUGGUGCAUUGGAAGUGCCAUCGUCUGCUCCUCAUUUGGCAUUGCCCAGCUCGUCGUUGGCCGUUUCAUCAACGGAGUCUCUGUCGGUAUUCUCAGCGCCCAAGUCCCCGUCUACGUCGCCGAAUUAGCCCAACCCAGCAAGCGUGGCCAAGUGGUGGGAGCCCAACAAUGGGCGAUUACAUGGGGUAUUCUGAUCAUGUUCUACGUUUCAUACGGUUGCAGUUUCAUGGAAGGAGUGAAGGCCUGGCGUACACCAUGGGGACUUCAGAUGGUGCCUGCCGGCCUUCUUUUUGCUUUGACCUUCCUCCUACCGGAAAGUCCACGUUGGCUUGCCAAGAAAGAUCGAUGGGAAGAGGCACACGACGUCUUGGCCUCGGUCCAUGCCAAGGGUGAUCACAAUGCACCCUUCGUGCAAACCGAGCUGCAGGAGAUCCGCGACAUGGUCGAGUUCGAGCGCCAAAACAAGGAUGCAUCUUACUUGGAUCUGUUCAAGGGUCAGAUGCUCUACCGCACUCAUCUCGGCAUGUUCACUCAGAUUUGGUCCCAGCUGACCGGCAUGAACGUAAUGAUGCUUUACAUUACCUACGUGUUCGGUAUGGCAGGCUUGAGUGGAAACGCCAAUCUCGUCGCGUCGUCGAUUCAGUACGUUAUCAACGUAGUGAUGACCGUCCUAGCUCUACUUUUCAUUGAUCGCUGGGGACGUCGGACUCCACUUUUGGUUGGAUCCACACUCAUGAUGAUCUUCAUGUUUGCCAACGGUGGCAUCAUGGCAACUCACGGCAAGCCUGCUCCACCAGGUGGUCUCAACAACACACCUGAACAAUCUUGGGAUCUUUCUGGGUCACCAAUGGCUGCCAAGGGUGUCAUUGCUUGCACAUACCUAUUCGUUGCGAGCUAUGCCCCUACCUGGGGUCCCGUCAGCUGGAUCUAUCCCCCAGAGCUUUACCCUCUUCGCCUGCGCGGAAAGGCCGUCGCUCUUUCGACUUCAUCUAACUGGAUUUUCAACUUUGCUUUAUCAUACUUUGUGCCUCCAGCGUUUGAGAACAUUCAGUGGAAGGUGUACCUAGUUUUCGGUGUUUUCUGCUUUGCGAUGACUGUUCAUGUUUUCUUUGCCUUCCCCGAAACUGCCGGCAAGACGUUGGAGGAAGUCGAAACCAUGUUCACAACUCCAGGUCUCAGACCAUGGAAGACCACCGUUCAAUAUCACCACGUACGAAAGCUCGAGCAAGGGGCAAUCCAGUCCGACAAACUCGGGGCCGUGCACACGGAGGAAGGGCACACAGAGGAAGCAAAUUUUGCCCCAAAGUCGAAUGAGAAGGAGGCCACUGUCUGA